UCAGUUCUCAUCCGAAUGGCGAUGCGUCUGCAUAGUGAAACUCUCGGUUACAGUUAACUUACCUGGUGCAGCAUCAAUGGCGUGAACAUCAUGUAACGCGAUGGCACAGUUUGUAACACAUAUACAGCCCACGUUGGCUGACAUGCAUCAGCAUCACCAACAUCACCACGACAGAGGGAGCCAUCACCCUCCAACGCCUCCAACACCACCCAGCAGCUCCUUCAAGCCACGUCCUCCACAUCACAUCGACCUUCACAAACAUGUCGGAGAGGUUCCCGCUCGUAAACAAGAGGAGUGUGUCUUCUUCUCUGAUCAGACGUUCGGCCAAGCUCUGAAGUCCGAUGGGAACACCGCCUUCCUUCGAGCCGCUAGGGCUGGACAUCUGGACAAGGUGCUGGAGCAUCUCAAGUCCAACAUCGAUAUUAAUACGUCCAACUCGAAUGGACUCAACGCGUUACACCUCGCUUCAAAAGACGGUCAUGUUAACGUGGUCACCGAGCUGCUGAAACGAGGCGCUGUUGUCGACGCUGCCACGAAGAAAGGCAACACCGCUCUCCACAUCGCAUCACUAGCCGGACAAGACGAAGUUGUCAAGCUACUGGUGGCAAACAGAGCAGCAGUGAAUGUCCAAUCACAAAAUGGCUUCACGCCACUGUACAUGGCGGCCCAAGAGAACCAUGACAACGUGGUCAGAUUUCUACUCGCCAACGGAGCCAAUCAGAGUCUCGCCACGGAGGACGGAUUCACGCCACUGGCCGUGGCGAUGCAACAGGGCCACGAUAAGGUGGUCGCUGUUCUUCUUGAGAACGACACUCGCGGUAAAGUGCGCCUGCCAGCACUUCACAUCGCCGCCAAGAAGGACGACUGCAAAGCUGCAGCUCUCCUGCUACAGAAUGACCAUAACCCAGACGUGACAUCAAAGAGUGGGUUCACACCGCUCCACAUAGCAGCACAUUACGGCAAUGAAAACAUUGCCAAUCCAGGGGCUGAUGUGAACUAUUCAGCCAAACAUAAUAUUACACCAUUGCACGUGGCUGCCAAGUGGGGGAAAACCAACAUGGUGUCACUGCUCCUGGAGAAGGGGGCUAAUAUUGAGUCCAAGACAAGGGAUGGCCUCACACCCCUCCACUGUGCUGCCAGAUCUGGGCAUGAACAGGUAGUGGACAUGAUGCUGGAACGAGGUGCACCCAUCAGUUCCAAGACGAAGAAUGGGCUGGCACCCCUGCAUAUGGCAUCACAGGGCGAUCAUGUGGAUGCAGCACGCAUCCUUCUGUACCAUCGCGCCCCUGUCGAUGAGGUGACAGUCGACUACCUCACGGCACUGCAUGUCGCGGCCCAUUGCGGCCAUGUCCGCGUGGCUAAGCUGCUGUUGGACCGCAAAGCAGACCCCAAUGCUAGAGCCCUUAAUGGCUUUACCCCGCUCCACAUUGCCUGCAAGAAGAACAGGAUCAAGGUGGUCGAGUUGCUGCUCAAACAUGGUGCCUCCAUCGAGGCCACGACAGAGUCGGGCCUGACUCCAUUGCAUGUGGCCAGCUUUAUGGGCUGCAUGAACAUCGUCAUCUACUUGCUACAGCAUGAUGCAAGCCCUGAUGUGCCCACCGUGAGGGGUGAAACGCCACUUCACCUCGCUGCCCGGGCAAACCAGACAGACAUCAUCCGUAUUUUGCUGCGCAAUGGCGCACAGGUCGAUGCCAGGGCAAGGGAGCAGCAGACACCUCUUCACAUUGCCUCUCGGCUGGGUAACGUCGACAUCGUGAUGCUUCUUCUGCAACAUGGCGCCGCUGUGGACUCCACCACUAAGGACAUGUACACGGCACUCCACAUCGCCGGCAAGGAGGGCCAGGAAGAGGUGGCAUCCGUUCUUCUUGAACACGGGGCAUCUCUGACAGCUACCACGAAGAAGGGCUUCACGCCACUACAUCUUGCAGCCAAGUACGGCAACAUGAAGGUAGCUAAGCUGCUACUCCAGCGAGAUUCUCCUGUGGAUGCUCAGGGAAAGAAUGGGGUCACACCUCUACAUGUGGCCAGCCAUUAUGACCACCAAAAUGUGGCACUUCUGCUGCUUGAUAAGGGUGCUUCUCCCCAUGCCACUGCAAAGAAUGGUCACACACCACUACACAUAGCAGCAAGGAAGAAUCAGAUGGACAUCGCUACCACACUUCUAGAGUAUGGUGCAAAGGCAAAUGCAGAAUCAAAAGCAAGUUUCACUCCCCUGCACUUGAGUUCUCAGGAAGGCCAUACUGACAUGUCUACUCUACUAAUUGAGCACCAGGCAGACACCAAUCACAAGGCCAAGAAUGGGCUAACUCCACUGCAUUUGUGUGCUCAAGAGGACCGUGUUAAUGUGGCAUCCAUCUUGGUCAAGAAUGGAGCUGAAGUUGAUUCAACUACCAAAGCUGGCUACACACCCCUGCAUGUCGCAAGCCAUUUUGGACAGGUCAACAUGGUACGUUUCCUGCUGCAACAAGGUGCAGAUGUAAAGGCAAGCACCAGUAUUGGAUACACACCACUUCACCAAGCCGCACAGCAGGGUCACACCACCAUCCUAAAUCUGUUGCUGGAAAAUGGUGCUCCACCCAACUCACUGACAAAUCAAGGACAAACAGCGCUGUCCAUUGCCCAAAAACUUGGCUAUAUCAGUGUCGUAGAGACACUUAAGGUUGUGACUGAGCCUUCCAUCCCUACCAAUGUGGCGCCUGGAGCUGAGGAAAAGUAUCGAGUUGUUGCUCCUGAGACCAUGCAAGAGACUUUCAUGUCAGACUCUGAGGAUGAGGGUGGUGAGGACACAAUGCUGAGUGACCAGCCGUAUCGUUACCUCACUGUAGAUGAGAUGAAGAGCCUUGGAGACGACUCGCUACCCAUCGAUGUUACCCGAGAUGAGAGAUUUGACUCUAAUAGGGAGUGCAUGGCUCCCCCAACAGCUGUGGAUGACACCAUCAGUCCACAGCAUGUGAAGGAAAGUUACUCCCAGUUCACUUCCUCAAACUACACUCCUGACAAUAUUGAUAUUAACCGACACCCUGUACAUGUGGGGAAACUGCACUGGAAGAAUUUCCUGGUCAGCUUCCUGGUGGAUGCUCGAGGUGGAGCCAUGCGUGGCUGCAGGCACAGUGGCGUUCGUGUAAUUGUGCCUCCUCGAAAGGCUGCCAUGCCCAUGCGAGUUACCUGUCGUUACUUGAAGAGGGACAAGCUGAGUCAUCCACCACCCCUCAUGGAGGGCGAAGCUCUUGCAAGCCGUAUACUGGAGCUGGGACCAGUUGGGGCAAAGUUCUUAGGACCUGUUAUCAUUGAGGUGCCACAUUUUGGGUCUCUUCGUGGCAUGGAACGUGAAAUUGUUAUUCUUCGCUCUGACAAUGGUGAAACGUGGCGUGAGCACACCUUGGAGGCAAGUGAAGAAGCUGUCCAUGAAGUACUCAAUGAGAGUUUUGAGGGAGAAGAAUUGACUGCUUUAGAGGAGAUAAGCUCUGGCCGCAUGACCCGUAUUCUGACCACAGACUUUCCUCAGUAUUUUUCUGUGGUGUCUCGCAUCCGGCAGGAGGUGCAUGCCAUAGGGCCCGAGGGAGGCAUGGUGUCAUCCAGUGUGGUACCUCAAGUACAGGCAGUCUUCCCUCAGGGGGCUCUCACCAAGAAGAUCAAGGUUGGACUGCAGGCACAACCAAUAGCAACAGAGCUGACAGCAAAGUUGUUGGGAAACCGAGUGGCUGUAUCACCUAUAGUAACGGUCGAGCCCCGAAGACGCAAGUUCCACAAACCCAUCACCUUAACGAUACCUGUACCUCAGGCUGCCAACAAGGGUAUGAUCAACCAAUAUUCAGGAGAUGCCCCCACGUUAAGACUCCUCUGCAGCAUCACAGGUGGAACAACACGUGCCCAGUGGGAAGAUGUCACAGGUUCUACACCCCUUACAUUUGUUAAUGACUGCGUAUCCUUCACGACCACAGUGUCAGCACGUUUCUGGCUAAUGGACUGCCGCAACAUUAGCGAGGCAACCAAGAUGGCUACUGAACUGUACAAGGAGGCUAUACAUGUUCCCUUCAUGGCCAAGUUUGUGGUCUUUGCAAAACGAGUGGAUGUUCUGGAGGCUCGACUCAGGGUGUUCUGCAUGACAGAUGACAAGGAAGACAAGACCCUGGAACAUCAGGAACACUUCACGGAAGUUGCAAAGAGUAGAGAUGUAGAGGUCCUCGAAGGCAAAUCUCAGCAUGUAGAAUUUUCUGGAAACUUGGUACCUGUAACAAAGUCAGGUGAUCAACUUCAGCUUGGCUUCCGAGCAUUCAAAGAAAACCGCCUUCCGUUCACAGUACGUGUAAAGGAUCCACAUGCUGAUACAGUUGGCAGAAUUCUCUUCAUGAGAGAGCCAAAGGUAGCAAAAGGAGAACCACCUCAGCAGCCCAUCUGUAUACUUAACAUUGUUCUGCCAGAAACAAUCCUGCCGGAGUCAACACUCUCAGAACCUGACUUGUUGGUCCUGAACAAGAAGUACAGUUUCUUGAGGGAUGGUGGCCUGGGUCGGCUAGAUACAACAUAUCAACGCACAGACCUCCGUUUAUCAGACAUAAGCAAUCUGCUGGGAGAGGACUGGGUAUUCCUGGCAAGUGAGCUUGGCAUCACAACCUCAGAUGUUAACCUUAUAAAGACAGAAUGUCCAAGCAGUGUUGCACAGCAAGCCAUGGCCAUGCUCAGGUUAUGGCUUCAGGUGGCUGGAAAUAAGGCCACAGGGAAUGUUCUAGAGACAGCACUGCAUAAAAUUGGACGUGAUGACAUCGUGCAACAGUGUAUAUUCAAUACCGAUGAGGUGGACAGGGCUGUUGCUAAAGUUCAGUUUGAUCAGUCAGGUUUUGAGAGCUUGAAGGAAGAACUAGGACCCUCCCGAGAUGCUUCUUUACGGCGAGAUGCAAGCCUUGACAUCACAUAUGAUGAACAAGACAUCAUGAAGGAAUCAGAAUCUGUGGAAGAAUUGGUGCUAGCAGAGAAGAAAGAGCCGUAUCAAGACCGACUUCCAAACCCAGUCAUUUCAAAAGACAAGCAGGAGCGUGAUGUUGAUGAGACAAAGUAUAUUGGAGAGGAGAAAGAGGUGGAAGAAGACCGUAGAACAGUGGCUCAGCUCAAGGAAAUAUUUGCUCAGGACAAACGUGACCGACAGUACGAACGGCAACCACCCAUAUCCGAACAGUUACCUGCAACACCUGUGAAACCCAAAACAGAAAAAGUGUCACCCCCAUCAAUAUCAGAGGACAUUUCUAAAGUGUCAUCUGCCCCAAUUGUGCAGAAGGAAGGGGCUCCAAUAUCUAAGUCAGUAAAUGAAGAUAGAAUAUCUAUACUAGAAGAAGACAUAUCAAAGAAACAGCCUUCACCACCACCAACUGUCAGGACAGAAGCUGAUCAGCGUCGUGACUCUGAACUCUUCCAAGGUGUGACAGAUGAGCUGGUACGUCUGGAAACAACCUCCAAGGUGAUGUCUGCUGUAGAAGAACUCAUGUCACCCAAGGUGUCCAAGACUCCGCCUCCCAGCCCUGCAGAUUUGAGAGACAGCACAGGGAAAGCCCCACCAGUACCAAUUGAACAAGAAAUUGGGUCAUCCACAGAAACAUUGUGGAAAUAAUGAAUCAAGGUAAUAUCCUGGCAUUUGCCUGGAGGGGCUGAGGAAAACCACAAAAAAUCUCAGUCAGGAUAGCUGGUCUCCAGGCCAAGAUUUGAGUCCACGACCUCCCAAAUAUGAGGUAGGACUGCUAACCACUCGACCAUGACAUGCAGUUCACUUGUGUUCAGGCCCCAGUCUCCCAGUCCAUGGAUGGACUCUGUGACUUGCAGUGAGUUAUGUAAGGCUUGAAAAGAAAUCAAUGUUCACUGUCUAAGUUCACAAACUUGUAACUGUGUUACCAGAGUUGAUUACUCAGGUUUUGGUGUUUAACAUUUACAGUAAUUUCUCUAGUUACACUUCAGAUGUAUUCCUGAAACAAUGCUGUGUAAAUGCAGAACUAAUUUCCUAAGAAUGUUGAAUUCCCAGAUGAUUAACAAUUAUACUUGUAGAUUUUUACUCAUGUCAAAUGCUUAUAUAAAUCUACCUAAUGCUAUGUUAACAUUCUAAAAGACAUUGUCUCCACCGCUUCUCUGCUUUUGGCUGCAGUGUUGCUUGUUGCUGAAUGUGCAACUACUUUAAAGCUAGAAUUAAGAUGGUGUAAAUAAAUUGAUACAUAUUCAUCAGGUUUAAACCAAAAA